AUGGAGAUGCGAAGGGCCCUUCAGAGGCUCUCGGUGAAGAAGCAGCCUUGCCCGGCACUUGGACGGCUUGGCUGUGUCUUGCCAGAGGCGAGCAGUGACGUUUUGUUCGAUCUCUCUCUGUAUGCACUUUUCUUCGGGACCACAGCACGCCAGGGAGAGGUGGGUGGGGAGCAGCACCUGCAGUUGCAGGAGGCUGGUCUCCGCAGGUUAGAGAACAGCCUCUCUUCCCUACAGAACAAUUUCAUCAACCUCAGCUUUCUCCGCCUCUUCCGUGCUGCCCGGCUCAUCAAGCUGCUGCGCCAAGGCUACACCAUCCGCAUCCUGCUGUGGACCUUCGUCCAGUCCUUCAAGGCCCUGCCCUACGUGUGUCUGCUCAUCGCCAUGCUGUUCUUCAUCUACGCCAUCAUCGGCAUGCAGGUUUUUGGAAAUAUUGCCCUGGAUGAUGACACCAGCAUCAACCGGCACAACAACUUCAGGACGUUUUUGCAAGCCUUGAUGCUGUUGUUCAGGAGUGCCACUGGGGAGGCCUGGCAUGAGAUCAUGCUGUCUUGUCUCAGCAACCAGGCCUGUGAUGAGCACGCCAAUGCCAGUGAGUGUGGGAGCGACUUUGCCUACUUCUACUUCGUCUCCUUCAUCUUCCUUUGCUCCUUUCUG